AUGUCAGCUGCUGACGAGUUUUCGCUGGCGGAUGCUCUGCCUGAUAAUUCAGCUGCCAAGAAGGACACCUUGGGCACUGCGAAACCGGUUCAGCAGCCCGGCCAGCCCCCCCAAGCUUGGCCCACCUCCAAUCCCUGGAGCAGCCCCCCCAGCGCUCCCCCCACGGCCCCCUCCGGAUUGCCCCCGAACACCUCGGCCUCCACCGUGCCGUUCGGGCCCCCGCCGACAGGGAUGUAUCCUUCCCUGCCCCCUGGAGCCCCGGCUCCUUUUCCUCCUCCUCCUCCUGGAUCCACUUGCCCUCCCCCCGGAGCUCCGUAUCCACCCCCAGGGCCUGUCCCACCAGGGCAAUAUCCUCCCCCCAACAUGCCCUUCCCAGAGCUUCCGAGGCCAUACGGGGGUCCAGCAGAGCCAGCGGCCCCCCCUGCUGCCGUCGGGCCGUGGGGGUCCAUGCCCGCUGGUGGGUGGGGCCCCACUGUGGGGGGCCAGUAUCCUGCUCCUAGUAUGCCAUAUCCACCCCCUGGGCCGUAUUCCACUCCUACCCAUACUCCAGGGGCCGCUCCCACAGUGCCAUGGGGCGCUGUCCCGCCAGGGCCAUGGGGGCCUUCGCCACCGGCCCCAUUUCCACCCCCUGCCGGAUCAUACCCGGCUCCUGGACUGUACCCGACACCACCCAAUCCUUACCAAGUGCCACCUGCACCUGCCGGGGCUCCGUCCAUGCCUGGUGGACCUCACCCCUACCGUUGAAACCGGAGGAAGGCACACAGAGUCCUUCGCCUCCACCCACACCCACUGCUUA